CGUUUAACAUCGCGCGGGUCUGUCAAAUAGCAAAAGCGUUCCAUUUUUCCUUUAGGAAACGCUGAGCACCGCUUGUGAUAGCUGCAUUACUUUUAUUUUGAGCGCAGACAUCAUAUAGGUACAGUGAGUCUCUCGUUUUAUGCAGACUUUUUGUUUUCACGCGCUACUGGAAACUGGGGUGUGUUGCGUGACGGUUUUCAAAUUGGAUUAGCGCUAAAUUAAGCCUGUGUUGUUGAAUGGUGUCGUCGCGGACUUGCUAGUUUAGCUGGAGAGGCUGCUGAUACUCACCGUUGACAUCCAUCACGAUUUCUGACUGUCUGUGUGCUGACCGCUUAACUCCCCACCUAAGUAUCAAUCCGCGGAGAAGAGACAUAAGGUUAACAUGGACAGUUACAGCCAGAGGUUUGAAACACCUGCGGGACGAGAAGGUAAAGGCCAAAAGAAGAAGGGUCACAACUCAUCCUAUUACGAUGAUGGAGAACGCAAGCCAAAAUUUCAUUUGCCCUUUAGACACCUCACAGAUGAUGUGUUGGACAGAUUUGCAAGUAUUCGAAUCCCUGGUAGUAAAAAGGAGCGUCCGCCGUUGAUGCUUUCCAAGCACAACUCAAGCGAUUUGUCAACGUCUUCUUCCUCCACUCUGCAUCACUUUGAAGAAGUUUCAUCGAAGAUAACCUCUGAAAAAGAAAUAUUGGCCAUGUUUGAAAAAAUGAUGGAGGACAUGAACCUAAAUGAGGACAAAAAGGCUCCCUUACGGGAAAAAGAUCUCAACACAAAGCGAGAAAUGGUCCUCCAGUAUAUUUUUGCUGCCUCCAAAUCUGGUAACCUUAGAAACAGUCAUCAGAUAUCUCCCCAAGAAUUUCUUUGUGAGCUGAAGUCAGGGGUGAUGGAUGACCGCCUGUUUGCUUGUUUGGAUUCAUUGCGAGUUUCACUAACCAGCAACCCUGUCAGUUGGGUGCAGAGCUUUGGACACGAGGGCCUUGGACUGCUGCUGGAUAUAUUGGAGAGACUGCUACUCAAGAAGCCGCAAGAGAAGAUCGAUAAAAAGAACCAACAUAAAGUUGUCCAGUGUCUCAAAGCCUUUAUGAACAACAAGUAUGGGUUGGAUCGAAUUCUAGGAGAAGAGAGAAGCCUUUCUUUACUCGCCAGAGUCAUCGACCCCACCCACUCUGCCAUGAUGACUGACGUGGUAAAGCUGCUGUCCGCCAUCUGCAUUGUAGGCGAAGAGAACACACUAGAAAAGAUUCUGGAGGCUAUCACCACAGCAGGAGAAUGGCGAUCCAUUGAGAGGUUCAGUCCCAUUGUGCGAGGACUGAGAGAUCGCUCGGUCCAACUGCAGGUAGCAUGCAUGCAGCUCAUCAAUGCCCUCGUAACAUCUCCCGAUGAGCUGGACUUCAGGCUGCACAUUAGAAAUGAAUUUAUGCGCUGCGGCCUCAAAGAAAUAUUGCCGCAACUAGGAACCAUCAGGAACGAGGCCCUUGACAUCCAGCUGAAGGUGUUUGAGGAGCAUAAAGAGGAAGACAUGAUGGAGUUUUCUCAUCGAUUGGAAGACAUCAGGAGUGAGCUGGAUGAUGCGGGGGAUGUCUUCAGCUUUGUGCAAAGCAUGGUGAAGGACACCAAUGCAGAGCCCUAUUUCCUCUCUAUCCUGCAGCACCUGGCGCUUAUACGCAAUGACUACUUGGUCAGGCCCCAGUACUUCAAGAUUAUUGAAGAAUGUAUUUCUCAGAUUGUGCUGCACCGUAGUGGGACAGAUCCAGAUUUCACUUACCGAAAGCGCCUAGAUGUUGAUUUCAGUCACCUCUUAGAGGUGUGCACAGACAAAGCUCGAAUUGAGGAGUUUGAACAAAGAGCUUCAGAGUUGGCCCAAAAGUUUGAUGAAGAGCUCCUGAGAAGACAGGAGGCACAAGCUCAGCUGGGGAAGUAUGAGGAAAAAAUAGCCGAACUUCAAACAGAGCUACAGGCCUGCAGGACUCAGUUUGGAUCUAUACCUGUGACUUUUACGCAGGGUGAGCAGCCGUCAUCUUCCUCAACAACUGCUGUUGCUGGAUCGUCUGUGCCAGGUCCUCCUCCUCCACCGCCACCACCUCCACCACCUCCUCCUCCACCUGGCUGGCCUUCUGCACCUCCUCCACCUGGCCCGCCUCCUCAGUUCGGUGUCCCUCCUCCUCCUCCGCUUGUGUUUGGGGGUGCCUUUGGUUCCCCAACCCAUGACACGCUGCCUUAUGGCCUCAGGCCGAAGAAGGAGUUCAAGCUUGAGACCGGCAUGAAGCGCCUCAACUGGUCCAAAAUCCGUCCUCAGGAAAUGUCUGAAGGCUGCUUCUGGGUCCGAGCUGAUGAGAACCAGUAUUCAAAACCAGAACUGCUCAGCAGGGUUGCUCUCACUUUUGGGUCACAAAGAACAGACUGUGAGGAGAGUGUACCAACAGAGGAGCAAAUCAAGAAAGAAGAGGAGGACACAGAGGACAAGAAAUCCAUAAAGAAGAGAAUCAGGGAGUUGAAGGUGCUCGAUCCCAAGAUUGCACAAAAUCUGUCUAUUUUCUUGGGUUCCUUCCGAAUGCCUUAUGAAGAAAUUCGACGUAUGAUAGUGGAGGUGGAUGAGGAACAACUCACCGAGCCGAUGAUCCAGAACCUGGUGAAGCACCUGCCAGAGCAGGAGCAGCUCAACGCUCUUGCCAAGUACAAAUCCGAGUACUCCAGUUUGUCAGAGCCGGAGCAGUUCGGUGUUGUGAUGAGUACGGUGAAACGGCUGCGCCCUCGCCUAAGCCACAUUCUCUUCAGACUACAGUUUGAGGAGCAAGUAAACAACCUGCGCCCGGAUAUCUUGGCAGUGAAUGCCGCGUGCGAAGAGGUCAGGAGGAGCCUCUCUUUUGGCCGCUUACUGGAGCUUGUACUGCUGCUGGGGAAUUACAUGAAUGCCGGCUCUCGAAAUGCCCAGUCUUAUGGCUUUGACCUGAGCUCCCUUUGCAAGCUGAAGGACACAAAAUCUGCAGACCAGAAGACGACUUUACUUCACUUCCUGGCACAAAUAUGUGAAGAGGAAUUCCCAGAUGUGAUCAAGUUUGUGGACGACCUGGAACAUGUGGAUCGAGCCAGCAGAGUGUCUGCAGAGAAUGUGGAAAAGAGCCUAAGGCAGAUGGAGAGGCAGCUGCUGCAGCUGGAGAGAGACCUGGAGACUUUCUCGUCCCCCGAUGACCAGAGCGACAUGUUUUUUGUUAAAAUGGCUAGCUUCAGCAAAGGAGCACGGGACCAGUACAGCAAGUUAGUAACCGUGCACAGCAAGAUGGAGACAUCAUAUCAGAACAUCCUGGAAUACUUUGCUGUCGAUCCAAAGAAGACAUCUGUGGAGGAGCUCUUUACUGAUCUCAGCAACUUCCGGUCCAUGUUUACACAAGCACUUAAGGAGAACUUUAAACAGAGGGAGUUGGAAGAGAAGCAGAGAAGAGCCCGGGUGGCAAAGGAGAAAGCCGAGCGAGAAAAGCUGGAGAGGCAGCAGAAGAAGAGGAGGUUACUUGAAGUAAAUGCAGAGAAUGAUGAGACUGGUGUGAUGGACUGUUUGCUGGAGGCUCUGCAGUCAGGAGCCGCUUUCAGGGACCGCAGGAAAAGAGCCCCACGGCCCAGAGAAAACAACAAGCCACCAUUACAAAGGUCUUGCUCUCGACAGAAUGUAAAUGCCAGCUUGGCAGCGGCGGGGAAAGCUUCGUCGGCCAAGGAGUCCCGUAACGAGUCUGAGGGCCAUCCAUCUGCCGCCAAGUCUCAGGCAUCCUCGUCUAUAGAGUCAGGUCGCAGGAACAGGAACCCUCCAGGUCAAAACUACGGUCUGGAAAGGGAGAGGGUGGUGGAAAGGGAGACGCUUAAAGGGACCAAGAAAGAGGUGGAGGUGGAAGCAGAAGCCCUCCAGCCUUCCUCCUCUGCAGUCAGCAGCUUCAACGCCAAUGGAGAAUCAGAUGUUGAGGCUCUUCUGGCCAAACUCAGAGCCUUGUAAGAUUUGUAUUUUCUAAUAUUGACAAAUUAUCUGCAACAUAGAUCAUUAUUGCUCACUCAUCUUAACAUGUGACCAAAAAAAAACGGUUCCAAUAGACUUUCUAAGGAGGCAACAUUAUUUAUAGAAGUUACUUGUCAGGUAGAACAGAUGAUUGUGGUGACAAAAUUAAUAAAAUAAAAUAAAUACUUUGACUGAAAUAUUUGAUGAUACUACUAUCAAAAAACGUCUGUAAAAUGAAAAAAAAAGCUGAUCGCUCACAAUUUUAAACUUUUUCAGAAAGUUUUUUUCCUAUAGCUCUGCCUUUAUUUACACAGAUAUGAUUAUUGAAAUGAAAAAGUUGUCAGAUUUACUAGAAUCUGCUUCUGCACUCCAUAAAGAUUGGUUUGACCAGGUGUUCCACUCCUUGCUAUGCCAAUUUGUUUUUUUAAAGAAAACCAAAUAUAACUUUAUCAAGUCUUUUUAUAAUCCUCACUCUUUAAUUUUGUUUUCUAAUCCUAUACCCGUAUUUUUCUGAAAUAUUUUCAUUUAAUGUUAUUGGAAUUUUCUCAUUUUAAUCUGGCAUGUGCAUCUAUUACUUUUUAUUAUAGAUCAUCUUUAUUUGUAUUCCCGUUUAUUACUUAAUCCGUAUAAUCUAUUCAUGGAAUAAAUUUAAUAGUUAGGACACUGACCCAACUUUAAAAAAAUCAAUUACAAACUAAACUUUGAACGGUAUAAUUAACUUACCAUUUGAUUAUGCUGUCACAAUUCUAAAUGCUAAACAGAUCUGACUAUUUAGUGGCUGUAAUACUUUGCAAAAUCAACCUACAGAGUUAGGAACAAAAAGUCUAGAAUUCAACUCUAAAACAGAAGCUAAUUUAGCUAAUUUAAUCCAAUUAAUGUUAAGAAUUGUCUAGAAGACCAUCUUAAAUAAAGUCCUUGUGUUUCUAUGUGUACCUUUUAAUUGUAUUUACAAUAAAAUCACAUUCUCAUUCACA